CAAACGACCCCUCCCCCAAACAUGGGGGUUAUAAAGGAUUUUGGCGAUAUGGAGGCGGACCACUUACGCUCCAGUUGGCGACUGACCUUUUAAAUAUCGGGCAACCCUGCCCUAGGGACCCUAUAUCAUCAAUUAUACCUCCUAGAAACCGGCGGGAUUGUAGAACAACGCACAGAGCAAAGUUGCAAUCAAUUGAUGGGCUCAAUCCCUUAAAUUAACAAGUUAAAACCAAUAUAUAUGUUACCGAUAAUUAAGUGAGCCUAGUGUCGUAUCGUUUUUAAAAAUCAGACGGCAAUAUGUAUUCUCUCAUACAUAAAACCGAAAAUGCUCAUGACGAUAGUAUUUGGACGUGCGCGUGGGGCAAACCCAAGCGAAAAAAAGACAGUAAUGCUGACAAUGAAGACUCAAGGGAAUCAAUGCGUUCGAACGACGAUGAAUCGUCGGAAUAUAUCGUCACAGGCUCGGUUGACGACUCGGUGAAGGUUUGGGAGCACAGGGAUGGAAAUUUGAAGAUUAAACAUAAAUUGACUGGACAUUCUCUCGGGGUUGUUUCGGUUGCUGUCAGCUCUGAUGGAACGAAAUGUGCAUCGAGUUCGUUAGACUCGAGUCUGAGACUCUGGGACUUGGAAUCAGGUGAAAAAAUAUCGAGUAUCGAAGUAGGUCCAGUGGACAUCUGGACAGUUGUUUUUUCCCCGGACGACAAGUUCAUCGUUUCUGGAAGUCAUGCUGGAAAAAUUCACAUGUAUGGCACUGAGAGCUGCAAGGAAGAGCAAACACUAGACACCAGAGGUGGAAAGUUCACCCUUAGUGUUGCAUACAGUCCCGAUGAGAAAUACAUCGCGAGUGGAGCUAUCGACGGUAUCAUAAAUAUCUUCGAUGUUGCGUAUGGAAAAGUCCUGAGGACUUUAGAGGGUCACGCUAUGCCCAUCAGGUCUCUGUGUUUUUCCCCGGAUUCUCAGCUAUUGCUGACUGCUUCGGACGAUGGACACAUGAAACUUUAUGACGUCCAGUCGGCGAAUGUCGCUGGUACCAUGUCUGGACACGCCUCUUGGGUUCUCGGGGUUGCCUUUGCACCUGAUGGACAGAAAUUCGCCUCCAGCAGUUCAGAUCAUACUGUGAAAAUUUGGGAACUGGCGGAGAGGCAGUGUCUUCAUACUUUCAAAGAUCACGCUGAUCAAGUAUGGGCAGUCAAAUACCACCCAGAGAAGAACAACACCCUGGUAUCAGUGUCAGAAGACAAGUCAAUCAAUCUCUACGAAUAUCCCCAAUAAAUGGAGAACAAACAUCGAUGUAAUAAAAAAAACACCUUGUAAAAAAACACAUAAAUCGAUUUCUCUACUUUGUAAAUCUUUGGGUUUUAUUGACAGAUGUCACAUGUAUUAGCUAUAAAUUUUAUUUCAGAUUUUUCAAUAAUAUACAACUGAUUUUAAAUUUCCCAAAAGCUUACGUCGUAACAAAAGAGCGAAAACUUUUAUAUUUGAAAGUUUCACUUAGACUGUUACCGAUAAGCAUAGACGCUCUAAUUGUCCUCAAGCAGGGAAAAAAUUGAUAAAGUAAUGAGACCUCGUACUCCCCAUGUACAAAUUUCUAGUCAAAAGAGUUAAAUUUAAUCAACUCAGGCUAGACGAGGAGCUGUGAUAAACGCAUUUUCAUGGAAACAAAUAAAUGAAUGGGUUACCUAGAACUAAGCAUUCA